GUGAAUUUUGGAGAACUUUUGAGGCUCUUUCCUUUCAGACCCCUUAUCCCUCCCUCUCACAUAUACCACCCUCUCUCGACUAACGCACAAACACAACACCAACGCAAAGCAUAUCUCUUCGUUUCUCUCUCUCUCUCUCUAGAAUUCUCAUUAUUAGGUUCGACAUGAAAGGAGGAAGAUCCAAGGCGGAGUCGAAGAAAGCGGAUGCGAAGCUUUCGGUGAAGAAAGGAGCCGCGGGCGGUAAAAAGCCGGCGGCGAAGAAGGGGAAGGCGGCUAAGGAUCCAAACAAGCCUAAGAGGCCUGCUAGUGCCUUCUUCGUCUUCAUGGAGGACUUCAGGAAGACUUACAAAGAGAAGCACCCGAACAACAAAUCGGUCUCCGCUGUUGGAAAGGCUGGUGGUGAGAAAUGGAAAUCCAUGACUGAAGCUGAGAAAGCUCCAUACGUCGCAAAGGCGGAGAAAAGGAAAAGCGAUUAUGAAGUAACCCUCAAGGCUUACAACAAGAAACUCAACGACGGCGGUGGUGCUGAUGACGAGUCCGACAAAUCCAAGUCGGAGGUGAACGAUGAAGAUGACGACGACGAAGAUGGCAGCGCAGAUGAUGAUGAGGAUGAGGACGACGAGUGAAGGAGACGUGGUCUAUGCUACUACCACUCUGCCAUCUGAACUAGUUACCCCUCUUUUUAUAAAUAGCUUUCAUCUUUUUCGCUAUUUUCCUAUAUUUUUUGUUUUUAAUUUGGUGUAGGAAAAAAGAACUAAAAAUAGGUGAUGUUCAGAUGGGAUUGGUUUAUGUACUCUUUGUUUAGAUCUUUCGGUGCUUGCUUAAUGAUAAUCAAUCGCACUAGUCUUAAUUUCUUUUUUA